AUGCAAUUCAAGAACAUCGUUGCUAUCGCUGCCGUCGCCACUGUCGCUUCCGCUAAGACCAAGUCUAACGCCACCAACGGUACCAACGCUACCAACGGUUCCAACGGUACCACCUCUGUCUCUACUGGUGCUGCCGCUGCCAACGCUAUGGGUGCUGGUGUCUUCGGUGCUGCCGUCGCUGCUGGUGUUGCUUUCUUGUUCUAA